AUGACCAAGAAGCUAUUGGUCUCGACACUGCUAGCAGCAGUUCUAUCACCCGUAGCAAUCCAUGGUGCAACUUAUUGUAAUAGUACGGUAGUUCCAAAGCCUACCGACAUUGUAUUCUUGCUCGAUGGCUCAGGAUCGAUGUGUCCCUAUAUCAAAAAUAUUACAGCAGGCUUCGGCUCAUUCGCUGACAGUCUAGUCCAUGGUGGUAUCGAUGCCAGAUUUGCCAUUGUGGGAUUCGGUGGACAGCCACGGCUAUUCCUUCCAUUUACCAGCAACAUAACCCAAGUUCAAGCUGCAUUUGCUCCUUUGAAUGACUGUAAUCUGGGCGGUCAAGAAGCCGGUCUAGAAGCUCUACGAUACGUAUUGCCACCAAAGAGCGGUGCUGAUCUCCUCAAGAAAUGUGUUGACCCAUCGUAUAACGGAACUGCUUGUAAUUUGACUUAUCGUGCUAACGCUUCAGUGACUGUUAUUAUGGCUACCGAUGAAGACUCAGAUAUCCCUACAACCAAAUCAUACCUCGUCUCAGGACAAGUACCCGGAAACACCACUGGUUGUGCGGACCAGUCCUAUAAACCAUUCAACAAUGGUUCUGAAAAAGAUUGUUCUUCCUCCUUCGAACCACUCAUGGUCUCUGAUAAAGUCUUCUGGGGUACAAACACCAGUGCUAUUGAUCCCAAGACCAACCUCAGUGUUGUUACUACUCACUACCAGUGGUGGCGUUCAUCCAACAAACCAUUAUUGUUACAUCCUUCUUACUACACUGAAAUCAACGCUACAGCUGAUGUUGUUACUGGUAACGGUGUAACAGUCAUGUUGUUGAUGAGACCUGACCAAAACGCUAAUGGAAACGGUCCUAUCUCAAUCUUCAACAGCUACAGUACCUACUGGAGUAAGAACACACCAAAGAAUGUGACUGAUGGCAACCACAGUGCCAUAGUUCAGUACGGAAACCCCGGUUUGGCAUCGCAAAACACCGAUUUCAGUAACUUCAGCGCUUCAACUACUUUGGCCUCAUUGAACAAGGGUGGUUUGGCUUCCUCAUUCCAAGCUCAAGUUUUGGCUCGUGGUGGUCUUGCUAAAUUAUAUACCAUUACUUCCUUCAUCAACAACCCCAACGUCGUCAAGAACUUUUACACUCAAGUGCAAUAUGUUUCGACCAACUGUUGGACUGUUGCUGAUCCCAGCCCUGUUCAACCAAGUCCAGUUGCUAGCACCAUUCCUAGUGCUGCUCCCAGUAUCGCCGUUGCCUCCCGUGUACCAAGCCCUGUAGUUGCUUCAACAACUGUUGCACCAUCACCAGUAGCAAGCGCCGCUGCAGCUUCGCCUGUUGCAUCUCCAGCUGCCCAUGACGGUGGUUCUCAACCUGCUGUUGCUGCCUCUGCUGCCCCAUCUGCGGCCGCUUCAGCUGCUGCUGCUUCACCUGUAAUAGCUUCAGCUGCCGCCUCCGCCGCUCCUACCUCUGCCGCUCCAGUUCCAUCUCCUACACUAGACGACGGUUCAGGUGCUGCAAUCCCAUCUCAAACACAAGCAACCGUCAGUCCCACAACAACACCAACCGAAACUCCAAGCAACCAAGAUGGCCCCGGUGCACCAAUACCAUCUGAAACACCAGUGAUCUCUCCAGCUCCAUCAGCAUCACCUUCAUCAACCCCAUCAGCAUCAAGUGGUCCAUCAACCACAGUUAUCGCUGGUGCCGCUGGUGCCACUGUAGCUGCCGGUGCCGCUGCUGCGUUCUUUGUAUCCCGUCGUAAAUCAAGUCUAGCAGCUGCUGAUGCCAUGGCAGAUUCCACUGAUGAACUUGGUGCUACCAAUGCUUUCUCAAACCCACUUUAUGGUCAACAACAUGGGUUCAGUACCAACCCGCUUUAUGAAAAUGCUGCUCAGAGUGAUUUUGAGAGUCUUGGAUCUUCGCAGAUGUUGGUUUGA